UUUCGAAAAAGUAACCUCUACUUUCAUUCUUUUACAUCAAACACAAUUAGAUCUUUCUAUCUUUUUCUGGCCAAAAGUUGUCGUACAAACAAAAUCCGACCCUACUUGUGUGAUAUGUAUCCUAGAUUUAACGUUUAGUUUUUAUUGCUUUGAAAUUUCGAUUUUUGACUCUUGUUUUCUAAACUUUUUUUUCUUCAAUUUUUAAUUUUUGAUUUCCAAAUACAUGAAAAGUCUGACUUUAUAUUUAUUUCAAAAAAUUAAAAAGAGCGAAUUUUUAAUUAAACUUUACGUGUUUUUGUCCCUUAAAACGUCCUCUAUUUAUUUUAAUUUUUAAGUACAUCUCCCCUCUCCUCUUUUUUUUAAAAAUGCCAAAGUUAAUUUUCAAAGUAUUUAUCUCUUCUUUUUCAUUUUUUAAUCUCUUUUUGACGCCAUUAAAUGCUUCUUUUUUCCACUUGACUUUUUUCCUUAGACUAAUAGGGAGGGGAUAUUUACUUGAGAUAUUUUUAAUGGAAGUUUUGAAUGAAAAAGAAAAUUCAAAAAAAAAUUUUUUUUAA